AUGGGCUCUGUGCUCGAAGCAAACUCUAGCACCGUGCGCAAGCGGAUCGCAAAUCACACCUUUGACAAUGAGGAGGGUGAAGAGUAUGGGGCUUCGGCCUUUGGGGGGCAUGGCGAUUAUAUGCGUCGGAAGAAGAUCAAGUUACAGAAUCUAGAUGCCGAGAUUCGUUCCUCGGCAUCGGAUUGCCCCCCAAUCUUUCGCGGUGUGGUUGCGCAUGUAAAUGGUUACACUCAACCGUCUCUCCAGGAUCUUCAUCGUCUGAUCGUAAGCCAUGGCGGCGGUUUCCUCCAGUAUCUUGACGGAAAGACGGCGGCCACCCAUAUCGUCGCAACCUCUCUCACGCCGAAGAAGCGAGAAGAGUUCCGAAGAUAUCGUAUUGUAAAGCCAGCAUGGGUGGUGGAAAGUAUCAAAGCUGGACGCAUACUUCCCUGGGACUCUUUCAGGGUGGUGGACGAAGGCCAUUCUCAGAAAGUUCUCAAGUUCGACAAUGGCCACAUUUUCAGUCAGACGAAUUGCCCACCCUCGAGCUACAAAGAUCAGUCUCUUCCAAGCCCGUACGCCUCUCGAGCAAAGGAGCUAGACAUAGCGGAUGAUGGCAUUGUACAACCGCCAGUCUCUGUCGCUGGAGCCCAUAACGCCACUGGCUCGUCGCUCAUGGCUGCGUCUCAGUCGGAUUAUGGCGACUUCCCAAGUUUUAGCUCUACAGAAGAAACGAGCAAGGUCCCCCUUCCACAAGAGCCUCCGGAAAAUCAAGCACAAGAGCCUCAGCCAAGUCUAAGCGAUACAGCCCGUAACCCUAGUCGUAGCAUGUCACCAAAAACCAAAGCAACCGUAAAACCUGCGUCAUCCCCUUCUCCUGCCAAACCGGACAUGACAUCCGAAGCAUACAAUGCGCAACUUUUGUCGGAUCCCCGCAUGAGGAACUCAAGCGUUGUCAAUCCGGAUUUUCUUCAGCAGUUCUAUAAGGAAUCUCGUUUGCAUCACCUAUCUGCGUGGAAAGCUGAACUGAAGGCCCAGCUUCAAGCAGCAACGAAGGAGAAGUCGCAAUCUCAACCGGCCAAGAAGAAAAGUGCUCCUGGCGCAGGACGGUAUAUUAUACACGUGGAUUUUGACUGCUUCUUUGCGGCUGUAUCUACUUUGAAAAAUCCGAGUUACGAAGGAAAGCCAGUUGCUGUUGCGCACAGCACCGGCUCUGGCUCAGAAAUCGCAAGUUGUAACUAUGCGGCUCGUGCCCAUGGGGUUAAGAACGGGAUGUGGAUGAAGGGAGCCCUACAGGCAUGUCCUGAUUUGAAGGUUCUGCCUUACGAUUUCCCUGCGUACGAAGAGGCAAGUCGGAAAUUUUACAGUGCCAUUCUUUCCCUAGAUGGAAUUGUACAGAGUGUGAGUAUUGAUGAAGCGCUCAUUGAUGUCACUGCCCAGUGCUUGGAGGCUGGUGGAUCGGAUGGCAAGGAUAUUUCAGAAGGUUCGCUUUAUCGGGAACAAGCAAAGGCAGACGAGAUAGCCCAGAACCUGCGGGACUCUGUGAAGAGCAAAACGGGCUGUGCUGUAUCGGUUGGCAUUGGUGGGAACAUCCUGCAGGCCAAGGUUGCAUUGCGCAAAGCAAAGCCCGCUGGUCAGUUCCAACUCAAACCGGACGCGGUGCUGGACUUCAUUGGGGGCCUAACAGUCCAGAACCUACCAGGUGUUGGGUACAGUCUGGGAGCUAAACUUGAAGAGCUCGGUGUCAAGCUUGUGAAGGAUGUGAGGGAACUGACGCGCGAAAAGCUUACUUCUACGCUUGGGCCGAAACUUGGCGCGAAGAUCUGGGAUUAUGCUCGCGGAAUCGACCGCACAGAAGUUGGGACUGAGAUCAUGAGGAAAUCUGUCUCUGCCGAAGUGAGUUGGGGUAUUCGUUUUGUCAACCAGGCACAAGCCGACGAUUUUGUGCAAUCUCUGUGCGAAGAGCUACACCGGAGACUCGCUGAAAACCUGGUCAAGGGCAAGCAGUUGACCCUAAAGGUUAUGAGAAGGGCAGCUGAUGCGCCCCUAGAGCCAGUCAAACAUUUGGGCCAUGGGAAGUGUGAUGUGUUCAACAAGAGUGUGAUACUUGGGGUAGCCACCAAUGCAGCAGAAACGCUGGGGAAAGAGGCUGUGUCUAUGCUAAGAAGUUUUGCCAUCACGCCUGGUGAUCUCAGAGGCCUAGGGGUUCAAAUGACCAAACUGGAACCUCUUAAAUCUAGGAAUGCGGGAAGUCUCGACAACAGCCAACAACAGCUAAACUUCAAGACGUCUCCCGCUCGCAAGAACGUCCACAAAAGCCACGAUCCAGAUGAUUUAGAUAGCCCUUGCAAAGGAGAGAUUGAUUCCGUCAUCCAUAGGCCAUCCUUGAAUGACAGCGGUCAUAAACCCCUAAAUAUAUCGGGGACUCAGUUUAUUAUGCCGUCUCAGCCGGACCCGAAAGUUGUUGCUGAACUUCCGAAUGAUAUUCGAUCGAAACUUAUAUCACAAGCGAAGCCUCGCAGCGAAUCGCGGUCUUCAUCACCUUGCCCUCCGAGUCGGCGUGCACAGCCUUUCGAUGGCGCAAAACUCCCCCCUCAAUCUCAGCUAGAUCCAGAGGCCUUAGCUGCUUUGCCGGACGAUGUACGAGCUGAAGUCCUGGGCUACUAUGACCAGUCCUCAAGGACCAGUGGCCCACCAUCUGCCGCUUCAGUAGCGCCAGUCACCUCGACGUCCCGCCCUUCUUCGUCUGGCUCACUCAAAUUGAAGAUGCCGACGACACCGACGAAGAGGAAGCGUGGUCGCCCGAGCACGAAAGCAGUUGGCAACCUGCGACUCACUCAUUCGAGCUUCCUCGCCCCGAGAUCUGCUACUCCUACCGCUAGUCAUGAUGAGGACCCGCCUGUAAGGCAAGAAUCCCCUUCAGUUGAACAGAAUGGGGUGUCCGAAGAGUUCCUUGCAGCACUACCCGAGGACAUCCGUCGUGAAGUACUUGAAGAGCAGAAAAGAUCUCGGAUGCUACAGCGUCCCGGUAGCGCAGCCCAGAGAACACCGAAUGGGCCAUCGGCCUCGGCAUCUUCUGCGCCACAAAAACGCCUCUGUCUACCCCCUUUGCCCGAGAGGCCCACCUUCACCUCCCAAAAGCUCUCCAGCUUGCCCGAUUUGCGGGAUGCUGUUGGCGCCUGGCACGCAGCCUUCGCUGAUGAUGGACCCUUCGAUGAGGACGUGGAAUCACUCGCACGAUACGUGAAGCGUGUGGUUGUCCACGAGCAAGAUGUCGACAAAGCUGUGUCGGUUGUUCGCUGGCUGAUGUGGCUAGUCGAAGAUGCCAAAGAUGAGAUUAGCGAGCCACCCGAUGGACAGGGAUCUCCGGUGGGCUUGGCCCGUGGCUCCCAGAGUACCGUCACAUGGGAUGACGCUUUGAAGUUGCUCCAGGAGAACAUCCUCGCUGGAUUAGAGGAAAGAGGCUUACCCCCAGUGGACUUCUCGUAG